UUUUUAGUCUGGCAGCAAUUUAGUUACAUGCGUAUGCGAGAACAACAAAUUCUUGUUGGGAUUUAAAAGAAUAUGUUUCAACCAACCCGACAACAGGUGCUCCGCCUUUAUAAGCAUCUUAUCAAAUACGGCAAUCACCUGAAGCUCACGGAUAAAAAUUACUUUCUGGGUCGAGUGCGGCACGAGUUCCGUGAGCAUCGACACCUAACAAGUCCCUUAGAGAUUGAGUUCAAUUUUAAGCGCGGCGAAACAUUGCUCAAGAAAGGCCGAAUACUCUAGUAAUGCUCAAGUUGCGAUCUUUGGCUGGUUCACUCUCCAGCAAC